UAUUAUUAUCCGUCCGCAUAAAUACGGACAAGAGUUCUGUCAACCACACGGCAGUUUCUAUCUUCGAGUGCUACCACCAAAGCUCUCCAAAAUGGCAAAGUUUUACCUUCUAACAAUUCUAUUUUGCAGUCAGCUUGUGUUGUCUACACUUGCUCUUCCUGUAUACGAUGAGGAUCGCAUUGAAGAAUCCAACAACCUCGAAUUAUUGAACCAGGAGACUGUUGAGAAUGCUGACGAUGGUGAAACUUUGACUGGAGCAGAAGAGGACGUUCCAGUUCAAUCGAGUAGAUUGUCAGACGAUUUCCUUUCCAAGCGUAUGAAGCGUUCUUGGUUUAAAAAAAAAGUUAAACCGAUUCUGAAUAAACCGAAUGUGAAAGCUGUCGCGAACCAGGUCGUUUUCGAAGCGGCUCGCGAAGCGGUUAAACAUUGGGGCCCCAGCAUAAUAGCCGCUGCUGGAACAUGGUUGGGAUAGUAGUAUUUUAACGAUACUAAAUAUCAACGAUCGCCAUCGGACAAUCAAUUUUACCAUUUCAGAUUUUUACUCCUGUUAGAAUUGAUCGAUCGACAACUACUUGCAAUUGUAACUUAAUCAAUAAAAUGAAUUGAUAUGUCAUCUUGCAUUUUAUAAUACACAUCAUGAUUUCUGCAA